AUGACUGUUCCAAAGGAUUUUGAAUGCCCUAUUUGCUUCAAUAUUCUUUACAAACCAGUUACUACUUCUUGUGGUCAUAAUUUCUGCAAAUUCUGUAUUGAUCAGGCCAUUGAUUCCUCACCAAACUGUCCUCUAUGUAGAGUCCCCUUAACAACUCAAUAUUCUCCUAACAUUCUUUUAACUCAAUUAAUCAAUGAAAGGUUCCAAGACGAAAUUAAAGAACGAAUGAACUCCAGAAUAUCAUUCACUGAAGGUUUUUUUAAUAUAAAAAUAAUUCUUUUAGUACAAAAUUCACUACAUAGUUCAUCUAUCUAUAACCCAGAUUUAAGAUACCUACCCCUGUAUUAUAGAAGAUUCUAUCACCCACCUGUUUUCGUCGGCGAAGAUGUUACUAUCAGUAUAAAUAAUAUCGACAUGUUUUGCAUGUUACAGUACUCAUAUUCCAAGGGUUCUAUGUUUAUAAUCACUCAUCGACAAAUCAGAAAUCAAUCAGAUUAUGGUACAAUUGUAAAGAUCAAAACUAACAAUAUGUACGAUGGUGAAUCCCAAGUCCCAAACUUUCCAAUAUUUGUCGAUGUCGUUGGAUUGCAUAGAGUUGAACUCUGUCCAAUCAGAUGUGUAACUAACCUAAAAUUUGAAAUGACAUCAUAUCAAAUUUUUAAUGACAUCAGUUAUGUUUCUAAUGAAACUGACACUAAUGAAAAUGAGAAUUUGGACUCUGAAACUGAUCAAAUUAAACAAAUAUCAGAUAUACGAGACAGUGUUACAACACAUUCAAAGGGUUAUGAAUUAAUUUUACAAGAUUUCCAAAAGGUUAAAAACAUUAAUCUGAGUAAUCAUGAAAAGUUGAUUUUUUGUAAUAUAUUACUGGAAAUUUCAAUAUCGCUCAUCAAAAGGCAAAUUGACAACUCUUCAAGCUCACAUCGGAGGAGAUUUAGAACAAUUUAUGGAUUAUCAGGACUUGAUGAUGAUGAACAUAGUAAUGAACCUCUGGAAUCUAGAUCGUUAUUUGUGUCAAGUAUCCUCUUGGCAUCAAACAACAAAAAGUGGGAAUGGUUCAAAACAAAAGGUGUGUAUUAG